AUGAACUCGAUGCGCAUUGCCCGUGCUGCGCUGCGUGCGCGCCCAACCAUGGUCCCGCGGGUCGCUUUCCAGCGGAGAACCUAUGCCGAUGCUGUCCCCGACAAGGCAAGUCCCUCCGCCGUCGAUGCUUCGAACAUUACCACUGCUUCACGGGGAAGCUUGAAUCAAGCUGAGCUUGUCUUUGCCUCACCAGGUACGCAUUUAAACCGCUCAAUGACCAACACGAACGAGAUGGACCACGUCACAUCCCCAAUACGAACAUCUGCGUUGCUCCCCACCAUCUACAAGUCGCAGGACGUCGUGCAGGUCAACAUCCCCGCCGAAUCCGGUGAGAUGGGUGUCCUGGCCAACCACGUUCCGUCGAUUGAGCAGCUGAAGCCUGGCUUGAUCGAGGUCGUUGAGGAGAGCGGUGGCAACAAGCAGUUCUUCCUGUCCGGCGGCUUCGCCAUCGUCCAGCCCAACUCCGUCCUGAGCAUCAACGCCGUCGAGGGCUACCCCAUUGAGGACUUCAGCGCGGAGGCUGUCAAAUCGCAGCUGGCCGAGGCCCAGAAGAUUGCCAACGGCUCCGGUAGCGAGCAGGACAUUGCCGAGGCCAAGAUCGAGGUUGAGGUCCUCGAGUCGAUCCAGGCGGCCCUGAAAUAG